ACUGUGACGGAGGUAGAGCAGGCGAAGGUAAUUUGAUCUUGUAAAUGUCCGUCUGCACCCAAGAAAACCGCUGACUAUGGCUGGCUAUAUAUUGGGAAGUGUUGCUAGGAAAUAUUCUCAAGUUUCAGACACUGGACAGGAUCUAGACAGGGCCAGAGGAUGGAUCUGACAUUCUACAUUGCUCUACUUAUUCUCCUCUUGGCCUUAUGGUAUUGUAGAACGUUAAGACGAUCCCCAAGUCUCGGCAAUGCUAAAACCAUUCCAGGCCCCAAAGGUUUCGGAUGCCUAAAAUCUUUCAUCGCCAGCUCUCGCAACAACAACUCUCACGAGCUGGCCACAGAAUGGGCGCAGCAGUACGGUGACCUCGUCCAGGUCAACAUUUUGUCCCAAAAAAUCGUGUAUAUCAAUGACUCCCGACUAGCCAGGGUGAUAUUCAACCAUCCUUCUCUGAAAGAGAUGACCAACGAUAGGCCGGACACAUUUCUCAGCAAGUAUGUCAUCUACGGAAACAAGAACAUGGCGUUCACGUCAAGAACUGACCAGCAGAAGGUCAGGAGAAAACUGUAUCACGGUGUGGUCAAGUUCUAUGGGGAAAAUGUUCGUAAGUUCGAGCGUAUCUUCAUGACAUCCUUGAACAAGCUGACCAGAGAGAUGCAAUCCCUAAACGAGGUGAAUUUUUCUCACGAGAUCUCUAUGGCGACAUUGCGCGUCGUGGAUGCGCUCCUGGCAGGAGAAGAAUCAAAUUGCACCAAGGAGCACUUGGAAGCGCUAGAAAAUUUUGACACCACUCUCAGCGAGCUCUUUUACUUUGAUAUGGAGGCGGUCUUAAAGCCUCUUCCGUUCUUGCGUUUUGUUCCUGGACUUCCAUUCAAAACCAAAUAUGACGCUUUGAUUAAAGCAAGAGACGAUCUGGUGAACGCUUACUUUCACAGAUUAAAAGAAACUUAUAUAAAAGGCCAAGAAAGAGGCGUCAUUGACCAUCUGCUGACAGCUCAGUCAAAGCUAGAAGAAGAGGGGGAUGUGGAGUCCCUCUGUGACGACUCGGUUAAGGCACUGCUGUGUGAGACAACCAUAGCUAGUUUUCUGACCACUGCCCACACAGUCAACACGUUAGUCUUGUUACUGAUACUUCACCCAGAGCUCCAGGAAAAGCUUCACUCCGAAGUUAAAAGCGUGAUUGGGAAUGAGACUCCUAGUCUGCGUCAUCGGAGCUCCAUGCCGUACACCGAAUCCUCUAUAAUAGAAGCUCUACGGUACGCCUCUGCAGGACCAUUCUUGCUGCCACAUAGCUGCAGAGAGGAUGUUGAAAUGAACGGUUACCUGAUUGAAAAAGGCGCAAUUCUAUUGGCUAAUGCUUGGUACUGCCAUCGUCGAAGCGAUCAGUGGGAAGAACCGUGGACUUUCAAGCCUGAUCGAUUUCUUGAUGACAACGGGCAACUAUUACAAGCUGACCAUCCUAAACGACUCAAUCUUAUUAUAUUUGGUUCCGGAAGCAGAUCAUGUCCAGGAGAAGCGUUUGCGAGGUCAAGAAUGUUCCUGAUAGUGGUUACACUGAUCCAAAAUUUUGAGUUUUUUGCCUUGGACAAUGUCAAGCUUCCGGAUGUAGAUCCAAGGAACUGGGAGAGCAAAGCGGUGAGGGCGCCUGGCCAAUUCAAAUGCGGCAUUAGACCAAGGACUGAAAUACAUUUACCUUGAUCCUCUAAAUACCAUAAACUGCGUUUGGUUUUCAGAAUUGGACAGCGCUUCAAAAGAUCUAGAUGUUCAAGAGUUGUGUUCCCUCUUUUCAAGAAAAGAAUCUGAUCAAUUCAAACCAUAGGAUCAUGAAGAAAUUCUAACAUGACCUUGAGUGAACUUCGGUACUCCCCACGAGGUGGCUAUAUCAUGGCUCCCAUGAAGAUAUGUCAUUGCCCUCGGUGUAAUACCACCUUAGCCCCUCCCCAGCGAAGAUUUAACAUUAACCCUCUUUGAAAUUCUGCCAUGGCACUCUAAAAGUUCUUUACUUUGAAUGAACAAAAUCAGCUUACAUUAGAACCUGGGCCUCCAAGUUGGUAGGAAAUUGGGCCAAAGUAUUAUAUUUACUAAAUAAAAUACACCCCCAACAUUAGGCUAAAUCAAUAACAACAACAAAAAAUUAAUGGCGGCUCUUUGGAGGCCGCUAAAAAUGUCAGAAUAUGAAUUUGAUUUCAUUAUUAAGUUCAACAUUUAUUGGUGCAUAGACCUAAUGACGGAGAUCUUUAAGAGGCUAGGAAAAGAAACUAAAACUGCAUCAUGUGGAAUAAAUAAUUGAAUUGUAUUUCUCUAUUGCACAAACAUGACGUAAGUUAACUGUAGCAGACUGGCGGAUAAUACAAUUUUAUUUGAAACUAUUUUGAGCACAUUUUAUAAAGUUUCUUUUCAAACCAAUUUCUAAAAAUAUUUGCAAACUAUUUGCUUUCAUUGUGUUAGCAUCACAUCUUUUGUAGAGUUCAUAAAUUUGUAAAUUUAUAGCAUAAAAAAAACAACAACCAGAAUUUCUUUGCUUAGUUUACAUAUGGUUUAAUUCAACAUGUAAUACUCAAAAACUCUGAUCAAUAAAUGUCGUUCAUGUUGUCAAUGUUUGGUGUAAUAAACAAUAAAGAACUUCUGCUUUUACUGCGAGUGUUGGGACAUAGACCUAGACGUGCUUUGUGUAUCAUCUAUUUCAUUUCUAACUUCUUAUCCAAUGCCACGUUCUAAGUGCAUGCCCAGAUACUACGUCAUCGAACUUUGGUUUAGAACAAACUAGGAACAAGCCAACAUGCUUUAUUACCAUUGCUUUAUAUGCUCUUGGCGUUUCAUAUUGGGGAUUUGACAAAUAUUUUAUGGAGUUAUGAACCUUCCCAUGCCAAUUACUUGAUUCACUGUUACAUUCAUAAUGUUCUCUACCAAAAGUGAGUUUCUCAGCUCAUUAAUAUGAAAAUGUAUUUUAAUUUUGUUUCCAGGUACACCACGACGCAUAAAACAUUUAUACUGAUAUGAAUAUUAUUACAUUUUAGUCUAAAAUUCCCACAAGAUGGCGGGGAACAAAGGAGAGCAAGGCUAUGGCGUGAUGACAUUCGAAUGGCCUACAGUUCGUCCAUAGAGUAAUGACCUCCUCAUUAAGUAUCGUCUGCUUUUGUUCUUAAUUCUUUAAAUUCGAAAAAAAACAUUGUGCUAGGGGUGACUAAUCGCGAAUAUGUUUCUAGAGCGAAAUAUUUGUAAACGCCCUGACCAGCUUUAUCCACUCAUGCAUUAACCGACUCUCAAGCCUUUUCAAUGUCAUACAGUGACGAUAUGACUCUGCUUUUUGUGACAUGAUAAACAAGGUCGACAACUGCGUGUUUUCUCUUACCGGUAUUUAUAAAAGUGUCACAAUACAGAGUUAUCGUUAUUAUUUUUCUUUUCUUGUAUGUUGACUCUCGAAGACAAGCCUUAUUAUGUUCUAAUUGUAAUGUACGGGUUAUCGACCGUAGCUUAAGGACGUCAGAUCUGAUUCUGUGCGUCCUUGGUACGAGAAACUGCUACGUGCAACCUUAAAGAGUUUCUCUGAGUAUAACUGAUAAUAACUCCAUUAUAAAUAUAUAAGAGAAUACGACCAUUUUUUUUAAUGCAAUGCUUUUAAAGAAUAUUUAAAGUUUAAAAAGUUUAUACUAAUGGAUAACUUUUUUUUCUCCAGCCUAAACCUACAGAUAAAGAGAACAGAAUAUGGCCAGAUAAUAUAUUUUACAAAAUGUGAAGUGUUAUAUUAAUACUUUUAAACAAUUUUAAUUCACAGAAACGAGAAUUCAAGAACUUUCAAACUAAGGCCAGGUCCAAAUAGCAGAACAUUAAGAAAAAUAAAUAAAGAAUGUCACCUUAAUAAGCAGAUGUUAAAUUUAAAAAAAAAUGUUAAAAUCUGAAACAGCACUGGACGAAAAUAACUUAAGAUAUAACAGAUGAUUAUCUGGCCUAGUGUUUACAAGAACAGGAUGUCGCCUGCAAAAGAAACAGCUUACAUAGGGUUACCAGACGUCCGGAAAAUAGAGGUCAUGUCCUCCUUUUUUUUUCGGGUCGACUCCUCCGUUCGGCAGGCAUAGGCAUAAAAUUUGAAAAUGUCCAGCCUUUACUCUGUUGUUUAUUACAAAGGAUUUUUUUAUCUAUCAUUGUAAAUCAACAUUUCAAAUCUAUGUAAUCUUACUCGAACGAUAAACUUUUGCAAAAAGCAACGUCGUCUGAGAAAUAUAAUACUUAAUAUAGCAGAUGUACAAUCUUUUCCUGACUGUCAUGUUUUGUCCAAGCCUUAUUUAUAAUUUUUUUUGUUCUGUGUCCACCUUUGACAGCGUUUGUCCUACUUUUUGUCUGGCAACCCUAAGCUUAUAUUUUCCCGGAAGAAUUCAGACGCUUCGAAGCUGUUUGGCGCGAGAGAAAUGUUUGUUUUUAAUGUCGCCUUAUCUUAUCCAGGAUUCGACUUUGAACUUACACGUGAAAACUUGGCGCUUCAUCACUAGAUCAUCACGCUGAGAAUGAUGGGAAGUCACCUAAUGGUUAACGCCUAGAUAACUGAUGGUACCAUAGUGAACAUAAAGGUCAAUGUAAUUCAUCAACAACACCCUGAAACAUUUGUGGUCAAAAAAAUAUAAAAAAAUUCAAAAGGCUCUAGAGUUACGCUUUUUUUUUAGGUCAUCGGACAGUAAAGACUUGUGUUCAAAAUUGUCCAGAAUGAUUUUGUUUUCAGACCAAAGUUUAAUUUUGGGGUCUCAACCAGUAGACAAGUAAAUUAUAUCCAUUGUUAUGUACUAGUUUAGAGAGUAGGUUGGUUUUGUUAGUUAAAUAUAUUGUGUAUAGUUUUAGCGACGGUAAAAGUAAUGACGUAGUAAGACAGACUAAUGACGUAGUAGACUUAGGCGAACAAGAGACCAACAUGGCGUUAUGUUAGAAGUAGGCUGUUUUGAAUAGUAAUUGAAUAGUAGUUAGUUAUAGCGACGUUUUAGAAAGACUGGACGGAUUUCCCAGUGCUUAAUAAAGUCUCAUUUUAUAGAA